GUGGCAGCGACGACAGCGGCGGCCGCUCCAGCUCCUUCAUCCGGGUCUCCUGGGCUCCCAUAUUCUGCAGAGGAUGCCAAACGAGACUACUCAACACUCAAGUCAAACUCAAGAGAAAGAUGAUUCAAAUAGCCAGUUUUUCAGCAAUGCUGAAGAAACAGCCUUCAGUCUGGAAAAUGGUGGAACUCUUGAUAAAAUGGAAGAAAGUUUCACCUCUUCUGCUUGUAAUAAUAGGCCAUCCACUUCUUCAGUGGUUGGUAUGUUCGAAGUCCCAAGGAAAGGACAGCCCCUGUUGCAUAUAAACAGACAGCAGAUUCAGUCUGUGGAGCACAGUGCACAGGCAGUUGAACUCAAAGGUUUGGGAGUUGAUGUAUAUGACCAAGAUGUGUUAGAGCAAGGAGUGCUUCAACAGGUAGAUAAUGCAAUUAAUGAAGCUAACAGGGCAGCUCAAAUAGCUGAAGCAGAAAAAGAAUACCAUUCAGUUUUAGAUGAUCUCAGGUCAUGUACAACAUCUCUAAAGCAAAUUAAUACAAUUAUUGAUCAUCUUAGUCCUCAAGCUGUCAACAACAAAGACAUCAACAGGAAACUAGAUUCUGUAAAGAGACAGAAAUGUAACAAGGAAAAACAACUAAAGAAGAUUACAGCCAAACAAAAACGUCUUCAAGCCAUCCUUGGUGGAACAGAGAGAGAUAUUGAAGCAAGUCUUGUGGAUUUAGAAGAGGAUGAAGAGCCUGGGCCAUCAUCUCUUGGGAGUAUGCUCAUGCCAGUUCAGGAAACUGAAUGGGAAGAGCUCAUUCGGACUGGCGAGAUGACCCCUUUUGGCACACAGAUCCCUCAGAAUCAAGAGAAAAAACCUAGAAAAUUAAUGCUUAAUGAAGCAUCAGGCUUUGAAAAAUAUUUGGCAGAUCAGGCACAAUUAUCAUUUGAAAGGAAGAAACUGUGCAUACAGAAAAAAAAGAAGAAAAUUCAGACUUCAGUUGACUCAAAUGUGGUUCCAACUUCAGAUAAAAAAGAAAAGAACAGGACCAGUGGGAAGCAGCUAAAAACAGAUAAACGUUUGAAAAAACAUAUUAAGAAACUCCAAAGGAGGGCUGUUCAGUUUCAGGGUAAAGUAGGAUUUCUAAAGGAAAAGAAGCCAAAGUAUGAUGAAGGAGAUGAAAGUGAAGAUUCAGAGUAUAUCCCUGAUGAUGAACUUCUCUACACUGAAGAGGAGGAGGAGGAGGAGGAGGAAAUGGCGCUCCGUGCUACAAAUAGACGUGAUCAUAAGCUGGAGUUGUCAUCUAAGCACAGGAAGCAGCAGAAUAAAAUUCCAACAGAGCAAGUUGAUGAUGACUAUCUUCCCAGUUCUGGAGAAGAAGAACCCAUAGGAAGAAAUGGCAAAAUCAAGAGAUGCCGAGAUGAUGGAGAUGAAGAUUAUUAUAAACAGCGGUUAAGGAGGUGGAAUAAACAGAGAUUGGAGGACAAAGAGCAACGUAGAAAGGCUGAAGAAGAAUCUGAGGAAAGCGAUGCUGAAUUUGAUGAAGGUUUUAGAGUGCCAGGUUUUUUGUUCAAAAAGCUUUUUAAGUACCAGCAGACAGGUGUUAGGUGGCUGUGGGAAUUGCACUGCCAGCAGGCAGGAGGAAUUCUGGGAGAUGAGAUGGGAUUGGGCAAGACCAUCCAGAUAAUUGCCUUCUUGGCAGGUCUGAGCUACAGCAAGAUCAGGACUCGUGGUUCAAAUUACAGAUUUGAGGGAUUGGGUCCAACUGUAAUUGUGUGUCCAACAACUGUAAUGCAUCAGUGGGUGAGAGAAUUUCACACUUGGUGGCCUCCAUUUAGAGUUGCAAUUUUACAUGAAACUGGAUCAUAUACAAACAAAAAGGUGAAACUCAUUCGAGAAAUUGCAAGAUGUCAUGGAAUUUUGAUUACUUCAUAUUCGUACAUUCGAUUGAUGCAAGAUAAUAUUAACAAUCAUGAUUGGCAUUAUGUAAUCUUGGAUGAGGGACACAAAAUCCGAAACCCAAAUGCUGCAGUUACACUUGCUUGCAAACAGUUUCGUACUCCUCAUCGGAUUAUCUUGUCUGGUUCUCCUAUGCAAAAUAACCUCAAAGAAUUAUGGUCUCUCUUUGACUUUGUCUUCCCGGGAAAAUUGGGAACAUUGCCAGUGUUCAUGGAACAAUUUUCUGUUCCAAUUACCAUGGGAGGGUAUUCAAAUGCUUCUCCUGUACAGGUUAAAACUGCUUAUAAAUGUGCGUGUGUUUUACGAGAUACCAUAAAUCCAUACCUACUGCGUAGAAUGAAGUCAGAUGUAAAAAUGAGCCUUUCAUUGCCAGAUAAAAAUGAACAGGUCUUAUUUUGCCGCUUGACAGAUGAGCAACGUAAAGUAUAUCAAAACUUCAUAGAUUCCAAAGAAGUCUACAGGAUUCUUAAUGGAGAAAUGCAGGUUUUUUCAGGACUUGUAGCAUUACGAAAAAUAUGUAACCACCCUGAUCUCUUCUCUGGAGGUCCCAAGAUUAUCAAAGGUAUUCCAGAGGAUGAAUUAGAGGAAGCUGACCAGUUUGGCUACUGGAAACGCUCUGGAAAAAUGAUAGUGGUUGAAUCUUUUGCUAAAAUAUGGCACAAGCAGGGUCAUCGAGUGUUAUUGUUUUCUCAGUCAAGACAGAUGCUACAUCUACUUGAAGUAUUUCUUAGAGCAAGAGAAUAUUCCUAUCUCAAGAUGGAUGGUACUACAACAAUAGCUUCGAGACAGCCUCUUAUCACAAAAUAUAAUGAGGACACUUCCAUAUUUGUAUUUCUUCUUACCACUCGUGUGGGUGGUAUAGGAGUCAACUUGACAGGAGCAAACAGAGUUAUUAUCUAUGACCCUGACUGGAAUCCCAGCACAGACACACAGGCCCGAGAGCGUGCUUGGAGAAUAGGCCAGAAGAGACAAGUGACUGUUUAUAGGCUCCUUACUGCAGGUACCAUUGAAGAAAAGAUUUAUCACAGGCAAAUCUUCAAGCAGUUUUUAACAAACAGAAUACUGAAAGAUCCCAAACAAAGACGUUUUUUCAAGUCCAACGAUCUUUAUGAGCUGUUUACUCUCAGUAGUCCUGAUGAAUCUCAAAGCACUGAAACUAGUGCUAUUUUUGCAGGAACUGGUUCAGAUGUUCAAGCACCUAAACAUAAUUUGAAAAGAAAAUUUCAAAACUCCUCUCCUGUUGCUGACAGAGAAGGUGUGCACCAGGCAGAUGUUUUUCCACAAUGCAGCACAUUGUCUGAUGCAUCUCAAGGAAAAGAUAAAGAUAAAGGAACAGAUGUAAAUUUUAACCAAAGUAGCCUCUCAGUGGAGAGUGUUAAAGCUCAUCUUAUAGAAGAUAAAUGUGCACAUACAAAUGCAUUUUCCACAUCAGAUGAACCAUCAAAGACUGUCAUGAUUUUAGGGAAUGGGGAAAAUUUAAACUCUUUGUGUGUCACUGAAAACUUCAAGACAGUUGGUGAUGAAGGUUUAGAUACAAAGCAAGACCUUCCUUGUGAAAGAAGCUCACAGGCCAAACCAGAUCACAGCCUUGAGAGGGAGCAGGCUGAGAACUGCUUCUGUAAACACAAGUCAAAAACAAAGCAUCAUCUUGUGGAAGGAAAGGAGACUCUACAGCACAAAGGCAGAAGCAGAACUCUAAAAUGUCCAAAGUUCAAAGAUGCCAAGUUUGAAGGAACACGCAUCCCACACCUGGUUAAGCAAAAACAGUCGAAGCAUGAGGAGGAGAAAGAGGAGAAUGAGCAAAAAAACGAUGAUUACGUUCUGGAAAAACUUUUCAAAAGAUCAGGAGUUCACAGUGUCAUGAAACACGAUGCUAUUAUGGAGGCUUCCAGUCCGGAUUACGUGUUAGUGGAAGCAGAGGCAAAUCGAGUAGCCCAGGAUGCAUUGAAAGCACUGAAGAUGUCUCGUCAGCGGUGUUUGGGUGCUGUCUCUGGUGUGCCCACGUGGACAGGCAGUAAUGGUUUGUCAGGUGCACCAGCUGGAGGAAAGAGUAGAUUUGGGCAGAAAAGGAAUCCUAGCUUACCUGUUCCUUCUUCAAAGUCAGCAAAAGAGAAGUGUCAGGAUGCCGACCUAAAGAAAGAUGAAAAAAAUGCCAGUCGAACACUUAGUGGGAAAGUAGAAGAUGGAGAAUCUUCAUCUGGUGCUUUAGCUUCAUCAUCGCUGUUGGCUAAAAUGAGAACUAGAAACCAUCUUAUUUUGCCCCAGAGAACAGACAGUGAAAGUGUGAACCAUCAGCAGGCUUCUGCCCCACUCCCCACUGCAACAGAGCAUGAUGACCUUUUGGUAGAAAUGAGGAACUUCAUAGCCUUCCAGGCCCGCGUUGAUGGACAGGCAAGCACACAAGAAAUCCUGCAGGAAUUUGAAGCCAAGUUAUCCACAUCACAAUCUUGUGUAUUUCGAGAACUGCUGAGAAAUCUCUGCACGUUUCACAGAGGUUUGAAUGGAGAAGGUGUAUGGAAGCUGAAGCCUGAGUUCUGCUGACCAAGACUUUUAACGGCUCUUUUAUCAUUGAAAUUUGUGGAUGAAUCUUAUCUAACGUGUAUUGUAUAGAAUUCGAGAAAAUGAUGUGAACAGACUGCUUUAUAUUUAUUUACUUUAUAUUGAAUCUACCUCAAUUGCAGCAAGAAGAAAUUCUUAUCCAACUUUUAAACAGCUGUCAUGAUGCUGACUAAGAGUCAUGACGCUGACUAAAAAUUAUUUUUUAAAAAUUGCAAUAAUAACCGUAUAGCAGAGGGGCAGCAUGACGUAAUUGAAAUCAAGAAAAACUGGGUUCACCUCCUGCCUCUGGCCUUUAUUCCCUAUCAGACCCAGGAUCAUUCACUUAACCUCCGUGUUCCCAGCACUUCUCUACUAAGUUAAGUUGAGAUCUACUGAGGCAAAUUGGUGGAGAGAGUUCUAACGGUGGGAUCUCACGCUAAGAUCCAUGGAUGUCCUCAGGGAUCUAACGCUUCUCUGUAGAAGUUUCCUUGUUCUGGGAGCAUUUAUGAAAAAAUAUCAGGGAAAACAUCAUAGUUUAUUAUUUUGAAGCUCAUGAAGUAGAAUCUCAAGAACAUUAGGUGAUUUUUAUUAGUCUAAAAACUUUUUGUCACAUUUGGUCAGUCUUAUUUCACAAAUCAAAUAACUAAUAUAUGAUAGUAAUAAUUAUUUUGAUAUUAAGUUUUAGCAUUUUUUUGAAAUUUACCAUCAAGAAAAGUAAAUUUCUCCCCAAACCAUUUUAUUACUAGUCUUGUGAAUUGUUACUACUGUUUUUUCCCUUAGAUGAUGAACUAUUUUUAGUACUAUAGAAUGAAAGCUGUAGAUAAUACAUCAUAGUCCCUAAAAAGAGGUAGAAGAAAGUUGUCAAAAACUACACUUAUGACACAUUUGCAUCAAACAAGGAGAUUACCAAGUGAGUCUUUGGAAAUCGGGUUGGAAAGUCCUAAACCUUCAGGGGUUAAGCCAGGGUCUAGGCAAACGGAAUGAAGUGCAUAAGCCUUAUCUACCUUGUACCUAGAGGAUUGCUAUAAAAGCAAAAGUAUUCAGGGUCAUUGUCCUAGCUGGGGACCUUUUCAUCCAAAACUGUUCACACACAUGCAAAUUGUCUUCCUAGGCUCAUUUUAUUCUCUGUUCUUGCAGAGUUUGGGCAUCACAUCCAGUUAUGUCAUUCCCAUUUUGUAUAAACUCCAGUCUUAGGGUAAAGCUGACAGAUUCAGCCCUCUCUUCUAAUAAGAAAUGCUGCUGAGUUUUUAUCAUUGACUAGGAGAUAAAGUUCUCAUCUCUCUUCUGCUACUGAUCUGCUGUGACUUUGGGCAAGUCAUUAACAGGUCUUUUCCUCAGUUUGGCUAUCUGUGAACAUGGCAAUAAUAAUGCCUCGCAAAUUAAAGGGCUUAAUAAAGAUGAAAGGUGCUGAACGUGUUUGUUAGCAGUUUCGUAAUAGAAAGUUUGUACUUUGAUGAAAUCUCUUGAUUCUUCUUUUUUCUUUUGAAAAUCCAGCAAUGAAAUGUAUAUAGAUUUUAUUACAAGGUUUCUAUUGUGUCUUUUAUUUCACCUUUUGUAUUAAGCAUGUUCUGUAAUGAUGUUCAAAUACUUCAUUUUCUCCUUUCCCAGUUUUGACCCUGUACCCGAUCACUUCAACUUGACCUUGUCCUCUACACUCAGAUUCCUUGCCUAUUGCUGCCCAUGGUUUGUCAGACUCAAGCCCUGGCUUUAUCACCACCACUUCCUUUUUGGCUUCAGUUAACAUGCUGGAGGAAAUCUUGCAGCCACGUAGACCAGAAUCACUAUGGAUUUGUAUUAUCCAUUUCAACUUGGCCCAAGAUAUUCGUUUUACUCUUCCUUAAUUCAGUCACUCUUGCUUUAUCCAUAGCAGCUGUUUCAAACCUCUUCUUUCCUUGAGUCUUUCCUUCCACCUUAGGCAGGAGCUUAUUUCAUUCCUUACUGAGAAAAGAGGCCAUUUUCCAUGAGUUCCUUCCUUCUUUACUCUCUCGAAAUUCUUUGAUACAUCUCCUUCCUCCUCCUCUCUUUUUUAUUUAUACUCUGAUGAAGAUGUCAUUGUCCUUGCCUUCACCAAAGCCAAGCCCCUCACUUGUAACCUGGAUUUCCUCUCCCAUCUUCUCCACAGAUUGCCCUCCCAAUUGUCCUCUCUUUCUCAUCUUAACAGAGCUAGAGCCAGAGGAGACCACCAGGGCAUUUAGGCCAAGUUUAAGUGACUCACUUAAGGUCGGUCACACAGGAUUUGAGCCUAGGUCAUCUCAUUCCAAAGACAGUGUUCUUUCUAUUGUCUUUCCUGAUCUCCUGAUCCUUUCCUGCUACCUACAAACACAUCCAGGCCUUCCCACAUAUUAAGCUCUCAUGUGACCCAUAAGCUAUCAUCCCAUGAACCAGAUCCCUCUCUUGGCUAAAAUCUUAGAAAAAUUCAUUUCCUCCUCUUGCUUCCACUCCUCUCUCACUCAUUGCAGACUCUUUGCAGUCUGCCUUUUGACUUCAUUACUCAGCUCUCCUGGGUUACUGUUGCUUUCUUAGUUACCGCUUUUUUAGUUAGCUUCAGCAUUCGAAUCUACUGAGCAUUCUCUCCCACUGGAUUCUCUUUUCUCUGUUUUCAUGAUAAUACUCUUGGUUUUCUUUCCUACCUAUCUGAUCUGAGUUCCUUAUCAUUCAUGUUGUACCCCUCAGUGGGAGUGCACCUUAAGGCUCUGUCCUGGGCAUUUUUUAUCUCUUGGUGUUCUCAGCAUGUUCAAGACCAUUUAUUAUCUUUUUUUUUUUUUUUUAGGGAGGCAAUUAGGGUUAAGUGACUUGCCCAGGGUCACACAGCUAGUAAGUGUUAAGUGUCUGAGGCCAGAUUUGAACUCAGGUACUCCUGACUCCAUGGCUGGUGCUUUAUCCACUGCGCCACCUUGCUGCUCCCAUUUAUUAUCUUUUGCCAAAACCAGCCUCUCUCUCUAACUUCCCUGUUUCUAUUGAGGACAUGAUCACCCUCCUAGCCGUCCAGGUUCUCAGUCUCUCUUGACUCCUCACCAUCCCUCACCCAAUAUAUGCAGUCACUUGCUAAGUUUUGUUGAUUAUUUUCUGCCAUAUCUUUCACAUCCAUCCCCUUCUUUUCACUCAUAGGGUCAGAACCCCAAUUUGGACCCUUGUUACUUCUUGCCUCGACUACUGCAGUAGCUUCCCAACUGCUCUCCCUGCCUCAAGUUUAUCCCCUCUCUAAUCCCUCCUCCUUAGGGCUGCCAGAGUGAAAACCCUACAGCUCAGGUCUGACCUUGUCUGUUCCCUUAUCAAAAAACUACAAUGGCUCCCUGUGGCCUUGACGAUCAAAUAGCUCUCAGAACUCAGGCCCUUUACAACCCAGCUUCCCUCUUAUGUUUACUUCCUGCACGUUAUUUGCCUUUAUAUAGUCUGUAGUCCAGCUAAAUACUUCUUUGCUCUUCCUCACACAGGACACUCCAUCCUCUUGCCUCUGCGUUUGCACAGGCCUGCAUCUAUGCCUUGAAUGCACUCCGUCUUCAUCUCAGCUUCUUAGAAUUCCUGACUUCUUUUUCAGCUGAAGCCAAGCAUUGCCUCCUUCCUGAAGGAGGUCUUUCUUGAGGCUUCCCACUGCUUGUCAUUCCCUCUCCUGAAAUUAGCUUGUAUUUAUGUUUUGUAUUUGCUCGUCAGUGUAUAUGUUAUUUUAUCUUUAGAAUGUAAGCUCCUCUAGGGCAGGGACUGUUUCAUUUUUUUUUCUUUGUGCUCUAAAGACCUAGCAUGGUGUCCAGCACAUAAUAGGUGUUUAAUAAAAGCUUACUUAUUUCUUGGGAAAAUAGCUUAUAAAGGUAUUUGCUUGGGAAUAGCUUAAAGCCAUUAACACACAUUUUCCAUUUUUAGAUCCAAAGGGGUUAUUUUAAGACUAUGUUUUUUACGUAAGUAGAAACUUAUUUUCUACUUAUGUCUUUUUUUUUCCAGUUUCUCAGAAGUUGGGCUUUUUCUGUCACUAUGUAGCUUCACCCUCCCUAACUUCCCCUCCUCCAUUCCCAUCCCCACUAUGCAGCUUUUCCUAUGAAAUUAACAAAAAUUCAAGAUGGGGAGGGAAGAUACAGAUCAAGAAAACAAAUCUGCCUUGUGGUACAUUCAGUACUGUGGUUGCUGAUGGGAGCUGAAUAUUUGUCAGUAGCCACAAAAGUUGGUUCAGAAGUAUAGGAGUAUGUGUUUUCAGUCUGAAAAUAGCUCAGAUUUAAUUAUUUCAGAAUAAAGUUUUAUACAGAAGACACGGAUGCACCUUUUGCUAGUGAAUGCUAAUGGGCUAUAACCUUGAAAUUGCAUUAUUUAUGAUAGUCCUCACUUGAGAUGCAAACAGCCAAUUUCUAAUUUGAUGUCUGUUUGCUAAAGAACUUUUUGUUUCUUAUGUUUUUUAGUGACUAAAACUUACCAAUAGAUCAGUUAAAUUAUUGACCCUCAAUAAUCUUUUUAUAAUGUCUGGAAAGCAAGAUGGAGGUGCACUCAUUAUCUUGGCUACUGGCUACUUAGCUUUUCUAUGCUGGUUAGGGGACUGUAGGGGUCCUUCCUAGAGCAAUUUCGCACCCAAAAUCAGCCAGUAGGAGAGACAUCACAGGCUCUGGUUGAUUCACUUAACGUAUAUUAAGCACCUACUGUGACCUAUGCAAGGAAAAUACAAAGAUGAAAAGACAAAGACCACCCUGCUCAGAGAGCUUAAAAUACCACGGUAUUCACACAGAGGAAAGAUGGAUAGAAAAAGUGUUCUAACAUUAAGAUUGGCUAAUCAACUUUCCAUAACAGACAAAAUCUCUCACAAGUACUCUGCAUCUCCAAGAUCAACACAGACAGCCAUAUUUCUAUGGUGCCAAUUAUUGACAUUAAAUUCAAACUUCAGUAUGGAAGAUAUACUGGUGUGCAUGUUUUAUAACUAAACCCUAAACCCACUAGUUUUACAGACUACCCUUUUGUAUAUGUUGCUGGAUUUCAAGAGAUAGAGAAUAAAAUUCUUUAUUCACGAUUUGAUUGUUAUUUGUUAUGAUUUGCUUAGAAGAAAGAAGAGAUGAUACAUUAGCUUUAUCAUGUCUUCAGAAACUAUUGAUUUAGUUUGGACUUUUUGCUACCAUCAUUUUGCUUUUCCUGUGAAUUUUGAACUUUGUGUCUUUGAAAUAAUCUUUAAAUAACUGUCUAAGAAUAUAACAUGGGGGAUUGUAUUGUUUAUCAUGAAAACCAGCUGAGAAUUGUAG